UGAUCACAACAACAAACAUUUACCGCGAAAACUGUCUCCGCGAGUACAUUGGAAAUUUAGCUAGCUAAGACUUUAUCCCAAAAAAAUAUCGACAUCUUUCAGUUACAAACAAAUUUACAAUGUUCUGCGAAAAGGCAGUCGAGCUUAUUAGAGAACUACAUCGGAUGGGCGACGGUCAGCUGCCCGCCUUUAAUGAAGACGGUAUUCGCCAAGUCCUGGAGGAAAUGAAGGCUCUUUACGAGCAGAAUCAGAGUGAUGUGAAUGAGGCAAAGACAGAGGGAAAGAGUGAGCUGAUACCAUCCAUCAAGUUCCGGCACAGCUGCCUGCUGAGAAACCAGCGCUGUAUCGCCGCCUACCUUUAUGAUCGCCUCCUGCGAAUCCGUGCUCUCAGAUGGGAGUAUGGCAGUGUACUGCCCACAACCAUUCGCUUUCAUAUGUGUGCUGAAGAGAUGGAGUGGUUCAAUCAGUACAAAAAGUCUUUGGCAACCUAUAUGAGGUCAAUAGGGGGAGAGGAAGGUUUGGACAUAACACAGGAUAUGAAGCCCCCUAAGAGUUUAUACAUCCAGGUGCGCUGUCUUAAAGACCAUGGAGAAUUUGAAAUAGAUGAUGGCACUGUCAUUCUGUUGAAGAAAAAUAGCCAGCACUUUUUACCCAGAUGGAAAUGUGAGCAGCUUAUUCGGCAGGGUGUAUUAGAGCAUGUCAUCUCCUAACAAGAAGCAGCUGUAUUGUGGAUACUUUCCUUCAUGUUCAUUUAGAUAUUACAACUUUAAAUUAGAGCGAAUUAUCUAAUCAGAAAGCUACACAUGUACACAGGUAAAACUUUACUUGGUCACAUUCUUUACAGUGGUACAUGAUGCAUUUACAACACUUUCAUCUCCCAACAGUUAGCCAGCUCUUUUAAACGAGGUGUACAUCAUAAGAGACAUCUGCAACACAAUAAUUUAUAUCAAAGUGGACAUUAGUGCAUCAUGAUUGACAAUUGUGCAAUUACAAGAUAGUAUUUGUAUCAAAACUGUACAUUGUGUGAAUACUGUGCUUUUGGUUAUUGCACCACAAUGGGCAUUAAAACUGCAGUAAAAAGUCUUUUUUUUACAAGCAAAUAUUGAAGUCAACACAUUUACAAGAAUGCUUGCUGUUUGUAGCCUACAUCACAGUGAACAACUGAAGGAAUGUGUAAUGCUCUGUCCUUAAUAAAUGAUCAAAUCUCAUACUACAAAA